AUGGCUGGUCAUCCGCGCUCCGAAGCCAAGAAGGUCACCCUUCUCAUUAGACGUGAUGCUGAAAAUCGACAUGAGUUCCUUUGCGUCAAAACGUCAGAUCGCUUGACUGGCAAGUUUGCAGAAAGAUAUGCCAACGAACGCUGGUGGUAUAACGAGCCCUGGAACCAUGGCGUAAAUGUCGUUGGCCGUGCUAUCACACUAUUUCCGAAACAGCUAUUCGGUAUGAAUGGCACGCGAGACCUUUACAAGAAGUUUGUCACGGUCUCUGAUGAUGAUAAGGAUCGGGCGCUGUCCGUCCGACGCCCAUCGCGGGCUGGCGCAGGAGAGUACGACACUGUUCUAUAUGAUUCCAGCACUGGUGAAAGAGCGUUACCGUGGGCACGGAUGGAACAGAGCCCGCAGGUUGUAAAGAGUCUCGUUACGGCAGAUAUGCUUGGCAUGAUUACGGAGACUAUGGGCCUGACCGAGAAAGUCUCUGAUGAUAGGGCAAACUCAGCUGGGUUCAUGACUGCUAUCUCGGAUGCUGCGCCUGAGAAUUCGUCUGUGAAUCUUAACACAAAAGACAUUAGCCAGUUGCGGGAAGGAUCUCCCAGUGCGAAGGAUUUUGGUAUCCCUAACUAA